AUGGACGAUGUGUCGAUCUCAGGCGAUCCGAAGUGGGGAGGACACUCCCACCACCACGGCAAGCUGGAGAAGAUGGGCAUGAAGGACCUGGAGAUGAAGUUGGCCAAAGAGCUUUUCCUGCAGCGUGCCCCUAGCAGCGGCUGCGGGUUGUUGGGCAAAGAGGCUGGCACCUGUUCUGACAACAUGUUCUUGCGACGCCAAGGCUCCAAGAAGUUAGAGAACAAACUGGACAAGCCGUCGGACGCCGCAGCUGUCCUGCCGGUGGUACCAGCCGCCGUGGACAGCCAGGUGAUCCAAGAGCCCAGCAGCCAAGCUCCAGUGCUUCCACCGCUCCAGCCUCGUGCGCACAGCAACCGGAGCAUCAAGAGCGACAAGGACGGCAUGGACCCUCCUGGUGCAAUGCCGCAGAAGGCCGUCGAAUCGAGGGACAUGGACUUGACCAUGCAGGGCUCAACAAAGAGUCGAAGUCGCAGCAGCAUAUCCGACUUGGACAACAAAGGCUUUGCUCCUGCAUUCGGACCACCCCUUGAAGAGCACUGCGAGCCCUCCAGUUCAGGAAGUGAGGACAGCCAGCCACCGCCAAGGAUGGACUCCAACGUUCUUCUCCGAGCGGAAAAUGAUGUGUUCAAGCGGAACAUCACGGCUGGAAGGUCCAAGCAGAACACAUCCCAGCUUCGUGACGAGAAGAACGAAGAGUUGAUCCGGGCCACCAUAAAAUCAGUUCCUGGUUUCACUGCCACGGAUCCUACGGCGGAGCCUAUCUUGGAUGUCGACAUCUCCGAAGAGGAAGAGCGCCCAAAAUGGGCAUGUCUUGCAAAGGUUGGCAAUGGUGCUGUGAAAGUCCUGUCCUUGAUCAACUGCUCAGACUCCAUCAGUGAAUCCCGGAUCACGACGGCGCUCUUUCACAUGGUCCUGAUGCUCGCUUCGAUCCUGGUGCUGAGCUGGGAUGUGGGAUUGAUCAUUGCAGACAACAUGCGCGCCGACAUGAGCAUGAG